UGCUUAUCCAAACAAAAAUUUGCAAAAUUUAUUCAGGAAAAAGAUUGUUAAUUUCUAACAACAUGCUGUCGUCGGAUGGGUUGCAAUCACAUAAUGGUUUUUUUUCGUUUCAUUUAAAUGAAUAACAGGCAAGGGUGUAUCGUUUUAAUCACUGAGUUCAUUUGGCUUAUCAUAUUUAACGGAAAGGUAUGAAAGGUUUGACUUUCAAAAUUGUUGCUCAGUUUCUUUUUGUGUUUGUUGUGCGUUGGUUGUAUCAAUUCAAUCGUUCUUGUGUUCUUUUUAAUAAAUAAAUAGAAUAAAAAUGACAAAUAUUGCCCGUUCCAUAGAUAACUACGACGAUAUGAGUAAGAUACUCACCGACUACAUUAAAGACACUAAAAAAGUAGCAUUAUUACUCGACUACGAUGGAACACUUGCACCAAUAUCUCAGCAUUCCGAUGAAACUAAUAUGGACCCAUAUUCUGUCAAAUUUUUGAACAAACUUUCACUUAAUCCGAACAUUUUUAUUGCAUUUAUUUCGGGUAGGGGUGUGGUUGAUGUUAAAAGUACAAUUGGUAUUCGCAAUUGUACAUACGCUGGUAAUCAUGGAAUGGAAAUAAUAUUCAGAAAUCGUGAAAGAUGGGAAUACGUGUUGAGCGAUCAUUUGAAGGAACAAUUUCUUGGAAUGAUUAAGGCAAUGGACGAGGCACAGUUGACCGCACACGGUGCCUAUGUUGAAAACAAGGGUACAUCAAUUUCUUAUCACUACAAUGAAGUUCCUCUAGAGUAUCAAGAAGAGCUCACAAACAAGGCAAGACAAAUAAUUCGUUCGUUCGAUUUUGUGGCUAAUGAAGCGAAAGGUGUUAUUGAAGGAAAUGCUCCGGUCGAUUGGAACAAAGGUAAUGCCGCUCUUCUAAUAUUAGAAAAAGAAUUCGGAGACGAUUGGAAAUCAUUUGUUCGAGUAAUUUUCGCUGGUGACGAUACAACUGAUGAGAAUGCAAUGAAGUCACUCAAAGGAAAUGCAAUCAGCUUUAGAAUUUCGGAUUUAUUGAAAGAAGAAACUGCUGCUGACUACCUCUUACCGUCAACAAACGCUGUUUCAUAUUUGUUACAGUGGUUAGAAAGUAAAUUCUUUCAUCACUCUUUCAGCGAUCUCCCAUCAUCUCAACAACGUUAACAAAAUACUAUCGUUACAAUUGGAUGAUUAGUUUUUAGAGUUACUGAUGUUCAAAAGGAGUAUACAGAAUAAAUAGUAGAACU